AUGCAAUUCACCACCAUCGCCACCCUCUUCACCUUCGUUCUCAUCGUCACGGCCCAGCCCAGCCGUUCCUCCGUCGACGUGCACCAACAAAAGAACGACUGUGGCGGUGGCCAUCUCGCCUGCUGUUUCGAGCAUUCCGACAUCCACGCCGACGACCCCCUCUCUGACCUUCUGACUGAUGGUUUGCUUAAUCCUAUCAUCGGCUCCCAGGAGCAAUCUUGUGCCAAGUUCUCGCUUAUUGAGAAUAUUAACGUUCUUGGUUUUACUAAGAAAGGUGAUGACGGGCCAUCUUGCAAGUCUAUUACUGCUUGUUGCCCUGAGGGCAAGGGGUCUUGUUACCGUGUCUAA